CUCUACAUGCCAGGGUUCUGUACACUCCCCCAAAACACUUCAGCCAAACAUCUAUUUCUCCCACCAUUUGUAACACCACAAGAAGGAAAUUAUGUAGAAUUAUAAGAUGAUACAGAACCCCGCUAUGUAGUACUUCUCUUCCUGGUCUGACCUUUCCCAUUAUUGGUAAUACCUGACAUAGCCAAUAAUCACUAGCGACCUCUGAUCACCUCACAACCAGCAUCUGAUCUGAGAAUGCGCGACACGAUGAACUAGUGUACGUGAGACCGCCAUCACGCUGUGUUUGGUAGUUAAACCCUUAUUAACUUGUUACAAUUGACCUCUGAUGAAGUAGAUGUUUUUUUUCCACAUUGAUUUUCAUGACCUUUGAUGACCCAUGUGGUGGCGUCCUCCUGCAGGUGGUGGUGCGGGUGCUGGAGGAGUCGAAGGAGGAGGAGGUUAGCGCUGCCGUGUCACAUCUCACGGCGUUGGGUGUGGACGGCGGGCAUAUCUGUCGCCUCAUAGCGCGUCUUGGGGGCGUGAGGGGCCUGCUGGGGGUGUGCCUGGAGCCUCGACUAAGUCAUGUGCGUGUGGCGGCCCUCAGAGCUCUGGCCACCGUCUGCUGUGUCGUGGACGGCAUCGUGGAGCUGGAGAAGGCUGGAGGUGUGGAGGUCGUGGCGGAAGUGUUGUGUGACGAGGACUGCCUGGAGGAGGAGCGGAGUGAGGCGGCCGGGGUGCUGGCGCAGAUCACCUCCCCCUGGGUGGAGAACACCCACCGUCUGGCGGCUCUCCACGCCCACAUGCGCCCCAUCGUGGCCGCCCUCACAGAUCUGGCGAAGGAGACACGUUCCGCCGAGAUCUUCCUGUUAGCAUCGGCGGCGCUGGCAAACUUGACCUUCCUGGACGGUGGAUGUGUGGGAGCUAUGAGGGCAGCUGACACCGCCCGCGUCCUGCUGAAGGCCGCCCACAAUAACCCCAAUAUAUCCAUCUUCACCAAAGACCAGAUCGCGACGGUGUUGGCCAACCUGGCGGGGUCUCAGGAGGCAGCAGAAGAAGUCGUUGCGGGCGGAGGCGUGGGCGUCCUACUGGCGCUGCUCAACACCCGCCCGGCGCCCACCCACCGCCUCCCAGAAGUGGCCACGGCAGAGCGGGUCCAACAGAAGUCCGCCAUCGCCAUCUCCAGGUUGUGUCGUGAGUCGAGUGUGGCGCGGCAGGUGGUGGAGCUGGGCGGGGCGGAGCGUCUGGUGAGGCUGUGUAAAGACGAACAAGAACGUAACCACAGCGACGCCGUCCUCGUCGCCUGCCUGGCGGCGCUGCGGAAGAUGGCGUCGUCAAUGGGCUCUGAGGAACUACGAGGGAUGGACGCCGCCGAGUUGGUGGAGCCUCGCCUGCUGGACUCCUUCCUCAUCUACUCCUCCCGUCAGGAGAGCUACGUGUAGAAGGAUGACCCCAGCAACAGCCCUUCUGCAGUACUGGGAACCCCCUGUCUUCUCCCGCUAUGGUCCUUACAUAGUGGAGAGAAACAUCGACACUGCGUUCUUGAGCCACACCUUCCACAGCCACACCUUCCACAGCCACAGCAUAGGGACACACACCACCACACCUUCUCCUAUGCUGCUGUGGUCCUUGUCCUCUCUGAUGCCAUGGAGACAUACCAGAGAGGAGACUUCAGAACACGUCCUCCUAGUUCGUCUUGAGGAGGACCAAAUAACUGAGCUCAAUAAUUGUUGUAUUCUUCUGAACUUUCUGUCAUGUUGUUGUUAUUGUACGAGAGGAGAGAACGAGUGUAUACCAAGAGUAAUUUGAUCUAACACCUUAACUAUAUCAUGUUCUGACACCCACACACCCCACACCCACACAACCCUCCCCACCCACACAACCCUCCCUACCCACACCCCACCCACAACAUAACCACCAUCCCAUCUAAAAAAACAAAUAAUAAUAAUAUACACAAAAAAAUAAUAUUAAUCCCACCCAAUUUCUUUACGUAGUUUAUGAAUGAAGAGUUUGAAUGAAGAUAUUAAAUGGGUAUUGAAUGAAUGGGGUGGUUCUAUUAGAGGAACCUAUUAACCAUUCAUAUCUUUUUUCACUAGUCACGUUAUUUUCACCAAAUAAAAUAUAUCAACUUUAUAUCCCGUAUUGAUAUAUAUAUAUACUGUAUAUUUCAUCUCUUGUUUGUGCGUAUUUCUUUGUAUUAUAUU